UAUCCCGUCUCCGGCUCACUCCGCUUCUUCUCCUGAGCGUCUCACACUUCACUCUUUCUCUCUCUCUCUCUCUCUCUCUCUCUCUUUCUGUCUGUCUGUCUGUCUCUCUGCUCCUGUCUCAUCUCUUUUUUUUUUUUUCUAAUCAUACGCUACGUAUAUAUAGAUAUAUAUAUUAACUCCGUCACGUGAAGUGUGUAUUUUGGACGUUGUGUAUGGGUGUGUGUGCGUGUGUGUGUGUUUCGUCAUGAGUCCUGGACUUUCACGAUCCGAGGAGAAGGUGAAGGGUUCGAUCGAUGGCAGCGUGGAUCAGAGUUUGGAGCGAGGAACUGACGGAGAAACUCCACCGCCGCUGAGAAAUUACAUCUUCCUGACUAUUUUCACGUGUUUCUGUCCCGCGUGGCCCAUCAACAUCGUAGCGCUCGUGUUCUCUAUGAUGUCUCAGAGCAGCUACGAUAACAGGGAUUAUGAUGGAGCUCACCGUUUGGGGAGAAAGGCUCUGCACAUGGGCAUCGCUUCUUUCAUCAUCGGCAUACUCAUAAUUAUGUCCUUCUGCAUCGUACACUUCACUACGCACACCAUCUGAGCACGCAGAAGAAGCUGUCCAGGAACAGUCGCAGCAUGAGGUUCAUCGUGACCUUUGAUGGACUCGCAGGAUAAAGCGGGAUGUCUAGAGCCCCCUUAUUGCUCAGAUACGCCCCCUGCAGCACUGUACAGUGUUUAUGGCUAAUCUGUAAUAUUUUAUACAUUUCAAAGCAGUCCUAAGCUCUGGCAAGUGUAAACUCUGGUGCAGAAGCAUGAGUGGGAAAUCAGAUGUUUAUUUUAUAUGUGUUCAUCAUGUUAUAUAGCCUGCGUUAAUUACAGUUAGCGUUAAAUACACACUAGUACACGUCAUCAAGUUCCUCCUACUGGCGAGCUUUUUCUUUUGUCUGUAUUUAUGCAACAUGAAUAAUUAAUACAUUUCUGAAAUGUAUGAGAUUGGAAAAUCUGGAAAAGCAAAAACAAAGAAGAUUGAAUGAAAAAAGGCUAAUUACAUAAAUUCGGUUUUCUUUAAAGGUGUUAUUCGUAUUAUAAAUAAAACAAAUGUACGUAGUUUCACCUUUACACCUCAUACAGCCAAUUAGCAUUAAGCCGAUCUUUUAAAUUGAUUUUAUUUAUUUUAACUCCUAUUUAACCAUGAUAGUCACAUUGCGACACAAAUCGCUUUUGCAAACGGAUCCGUAAUCCUUAAAUAUGGAUUUUCGCUGCUGUGCUACAAAAUAAUUGGUUUUAAAAGGAUAUUACAGGUGAGGUUUGAAGUGAGUAGAUGUAGACUGUGAGCGAGACAGACUUCUGUUACAUGGAGUAAAUUGUGAACCUUUAAUUUCUCGUCUUAUUGUUCCUUUAAAUCACACAGUUUGUUAUUGAUCAUGUUUAUUAUUUCACACUUUUUGUUUAAAAAAACACUGACAGCAAAUUUAUGUUUGUACAGAAAUUAUUUGUCUGUGUGAUUGUGAUUUUUUUUAAAGAAUAUGUGCAACUUAUGUAUUUAAAUAAAUAAAUAAAUAAAAUAAAA